AAACUACCAGAGCGACAAGAUGGCGGUGGCGGCAACCGUGGCGCCGUUCGGACAGACUAUUUCCUCCCAGAGCGACCUGGUCCCGGACUGGACCUGCAGGGAAGUCAGCACCGGGACUACCAUCAUGGCGGUGGAGUUUGACGGAGGAGUAGUUAUAGGUGCUGACUCCCGAACUACAACUGGGGCUUAUAUCGCCAACAGAGUGACUGAUAAACUCACUCCCAUUCAUGAUAGAAUUUUCUGCUGCAGGUCUGGAUCUGCUGCUGAUACUCAAGCCAUUGCUGAUGUUGUCACCUACCAGCUUGGAUUCCACAGUAUUGAGUUGGACGAGCCGCCAUUGGUGGAGACGGCUGCCAAUCUGUUCAAGGCGAGCUGCUAUAGGUACCGAGAAGAGCUGACGGCAGGGAUCAUUGUGGCUGGAUGGGACAAGAGACGAGGAGGCCAGGUGUAUUCUGUGCCGAUAGGCGGCAUGCUGGUGAGACAGCCUGUGUCCAUCGGGGGCAGCGGCAGCACCUACAUCUAUGGAUUCAUGGACUCAAACUACAAACCCGGUCUGACAAAGGAACAGUGUCUGGAGCUCACUGCUGCUGCUCUGAGCCUAGCCAUGGAGAGAGACGGCUCCAGCGGGGGGGUGGUGAGACUGGCAGCGAUCUCUGAAAACGGAGUGGAGAGACGAGUUAUCCUGGGCAACCAGCUGCCCAAGUUCUCCACACACUAAAACCCACACACGGUAAAGCAACAAGAGUUGAAGCCUCUCAUAUUUCCAAACACUGGCUGUGUUGUUCAUCUCCCUACAUGUGCUGUGGGUCCGUGUAAAGAUGUUUGUUUUCUACUAAAAUAAAACUGUUGACUCCA